GAACCUAUUCAUCCAAGCGACAUAUGUAUGAUUCUUAAUGAUGAGAUUCUUCUUGGAAAAUAUGAGUCGUUCAUGUUGAGGAGGGUUUUGAUAACAGAACCAGAUGCUCGAUGGUGCCCGGCACCAGAUUGUGGGUAUGCUGUUAUCGCAAGAGGCUGUGCUGGAUGUCCUAAGCUGAAGUGUGAGCGUCCAGGUUGUAACACUUACUUUUGUUAUCACUGUAAACAAGAGUGGCAUCCAAAUCAAACAUGUGAUGCUGCUCGUGCUCAAAGGGCUCACCAUUAUACAAAUCCUCGAUCAUCAUCAGUAUCAUUUAGUCAAGAUUCAAUAGUGCAAACUGGUGAUGACAUCAAACCUUGUCCCUGUUGCAAAGUUUUAAUAAUAAAAAUGGAUGAUGGUUCCUGUAAUCACAUGACAUGUAGCGUUUGUGGAACAGAAUUUUGCUGGCUUUGUAUGAAAGAGAUUUCUGAUCUGCAUUAUCUAAGUCCAUCUGGUUGUACAUUUUGGGGUAAAAAACCUUGGAGUCGCAAGAAAAAAAUUAUGUGGCAACUUGGCAUGCUAGUUGGAGCUCCUGUUGGUAUUGCAUUAAUUGCAGGCAUUGCUGUACCUGCCAUUAUUAUUGGAAUUCCUGUUUGGGUUGGGCGAAAGUUGCAUACAAAAUACAGUCGGCCGGCAACUAGCAGGCAUAGCAGAAAUCUCAUUGUUACAAGUGGGGUAGUUGCCUCAGUUCUUGUAUCUCCUAUUUUAGCUGGUAUAGCAGUAGGUAUUGGUGUCCCCAUCUUGCUUGCCUAUGUAUAUGGAGUAGUGCCUAUUUCUCUGUGUAGAUCAGGAGGUUGUGGUGUAUCAACAUCUGCUUCUGGUGUACGCAUUGAAUUUGAUGAAGAGAAUGAAAUGGGCAUGGGAAACAAUCCAUCUGCUGGAAAUUUUGCAGAUGGAGCAAGUGUGGAUACGAAUGGAAGUCAAAGAGUUGGGAACCCUAGUAUUGGAGAAGUGUCACUCGGAAUGUCUACUAGUUUAAGUUUAGGUAGUGGAAGUCAUUUAGAUCGCAUAGCUCUGAACCGUGAUAGGGAAAGUGAUCGAGAAAGUGCGAGCAAUGUAGCUCUUGCGGGAAGUAUUGCGAGUGCCUCAUUAAUGGCUGGAGCUGGCAAAUUAGAAGUACAAGCUGAUGUCUCAUCAAAUAAGCGUUUUAGUUUAAGCAGUCACAGUGAAACUGCAUCUGCAACUGUCAGUCUUAGUGAACGCUCUACAAAUAUGUCUCUUGCUGAUGAUGCUAGCACAAAAGCCUUAGCUGGCUCCAUCUUGGGAUACCGAGAUAGCUCUGCUGUGACUCCUGUGGAAGUUCAUGUUGAUGCCCAAAACCCUGAAGCCGCAUUAGAUUCUAUUUCUCGGGAACAAAUAGAUGGAGCUAAUUCUAGCCUGCAAGAAUACUUUCAGUUGGCUGCUGCUCCAGCAGAAAAAGUUGAUUCAUCAGUCAUUCCACAUCCUUCAUGUGGUGACUGCGUAUUAUAUCCAGCCUUGCGCUUAAAAUUAUCCAAAAGCUGCAAGAAGCGACAUCGUAGCAGUACUGUCCCGGAAGAUCCAGAAAUAGAUACUUCAAAAAAUUCGGAUUCUAUUUCCCUUCAUUGUGAAAGCCAUUUUUUGCCAAGUCAUGUUCAUUUCAGUGAGCUCAAAGAAUGUUGUGUGAGUUAUAUUGAUGAAAGUCCAUCUGCGGACAGUCUGGUAAAACCCUCCGAGAGUAGUUCAGACACUGAAGUGUUCUUGUGCAGUGAAAACAAACAUCGUAGAAAGCUCUACAGUAACUUCAAUCAAGGAGUGAAUGCUUUUUCUAGGCAUCCAAAUUCGAGUAGAGAGAUUUCUACUUUCAAGCAGUCUCAUGAAGGAAAGUGUGUCACUCGAUCAAUCAGCUUUUGCAACAGUUGCACUUCUACUCAUAGAUCUUGCUGUCCCUCUGUAUUCCAAGGAGGAACAAUUCCCAAGGAUGAGAGUGUCAUACAUAAUUUUCCUUCAACAAGUAGUUAUUCUGAAUCGAAUGCCUUAUCAAACAGAGCUUACAAAAUUCCUCGCAGCAUGCAGGAUAUUUCUAUUGAAAUUACUGCCAAAGAUGAUAUGAAUUGCAGUCCCUCCUUGAUGACAGUUCCUGCAUGUGCAGUCUCCAAACCAUUUCUGGAAUCUAUCCAAGAUAACAAAACGUGUUUACAACUUGAUGAACCAGAAUGUAGUAUAGACAUUUUUCACUUGAAUGCCCGAUCUCACACUAAACGAUGUAAACAGGAAAAAGUCAGUAGAACAUAUCUUUAUCCUGAAUCUGAUAAUUUGGACAACAAAAUAUCGGGCAGUGAUUUUGAGGCAAGAUAGGUGUGCAUUAUAAGUAAAAUGCUCUUUGUGUUAUGUGAAUAUUGCUUAAGUAUUUUCAAAGACUAAUUAUGCUGUCAGAAUCAAUAAUUGUGAUAAAUGUGUGAAAUUUAAAAAUUUGUAAUUUUGAUACUCAGUAUAAGUAAAUUCAUUUCAAACUUUAAGUCUUUCUAAAAAAAUUUUUUCCUGGAAAUAACCUGCCCCCCUUUUUUUUUUUGGUUCUUGCUACACGCAAGAUGCUUGGUUUUUAUUUAUUUUUUUAAAUGGUUAUUUUAUAGAAACUAUUUCUUAUUCUUUUCCAUAAUGCUCCUUCUCAUUAAUGGGUUUAAUUUAAAACUAAGCAUAACUGGUUGGAUUCUUUUGUGUAUUAAUCAUGUAUUAUUUUAAAAAAUGCCAGUUAUAUAGUUUAUUUUCUUGUUACAUGUACUGGCGAGCUUGUAUAGAUAUUAUUCAAGAUAUAUAUUGUAAUAAAUAUUUUACAAAAACUUUAUACUUGUCUAUUUCUGGUGAAAUUACAAGCAAUUUUAUACAUUUCCCAGAAAUCCUCAAAUUUUGCAAUUCUUACAUGUAGUAAAGAGGGAAAUGAUCAAAUCAUUUUAUACAUUUUCCAUGCAAAAUGAAAGUUUUGUUUUAAAGAAAAAAAGUUUUUUUCUACCCGAUGUAUAUUUUAAUGUAGGAUAAAAGUUUAUUAUGUUUAAAUAUAUAAGCUGGUUUAGUCAUUUAAAAUGGGUUGAAUACUUGAGUAUUUUAUGAGCUAAAUUUAAGUUAUUCAUUAAGGUUUUACAAUAUAAUAAAAUGCUUCAUUUUUACAUGAAUGACAUUCAACUGCUGCAAUAUAAUUAAUAGAAAAGUCUUAAAGUUAAAUCAAUGUAAUUUCAAAGAACUAUUUAAUUUAAAUUGAAUGUAACAUCAGAUUAACAAUGAUGCUAGAUUUCCUUUGACUUAUUGGAAAAGAGCAGUUAUUUUUGCGCAAUUCUUUUAAGGAGUUGGAAUUUCUUCUUAUGCAUCUCCAAUAGCAUGCAAGGUGUAUGUAUGGCAUAUAAGCAUUUGAUAUUUUGAAUUUAAUGUAGUUGCUGAUUUUAACUUUCAAAUGCUUCCAUGAUAACGUACAUAAUUAAAUUAAUUUUUCUCAUAUAACAUGAAUCUCAUAUAACUUUUCAAACAGUAUAUAUAAAAGAAAAUUGCCUGGAAAAUUUUCUAAAUAGAAUUUUUCAGGUUUUCAUUGUUGUUUUGUAUGUAUUAAAGACGAUUUACUUUGAUUGCUAGAUACAGAUAUGCAUUUUAAUGUUUCAUAGGAAUUUUUAUAAAUAGUGCAGAUUCUUAAUGUUUUGGAUGAUACAUGUAUUCUUAUCUGAUAAUAAUAUUGUUGAAUAUUUUAAAGUAGCAAAGUUAAUAUUUUUAAGUGGGAAAUGAAGGGUAAACAGUCCUUUUAUCAGUACAUUUGUUGUUAUCAAUUUUAUUUUUGAAAGAAUACUCAAUUAUAAUUGAAUAAAAAUGACUACAGAUUUUAAAUUUAUUGUCUGAAAAUUGUAAUAUUUUGAAUGUAUGAAAAAAUAUGACCUUCAAACCAAAUGUAAGGAUUAAGAAAUAUUCAGUUUUUGUUAAAUAUGCAUGAAAAAAUUAGAAUUAAUUCCAUAUGAAUAGGUUAAAUGUAAUUUUUUUAAUUUCUAAGAUUUUUAAAUAAUUAUAUUCAAAUGGCAUGUAAUCUUUUUGAAACUGUCUCAGUUCCUUGAGAAUGAUACUGCUCUGAUUUUUGUGUCUUUCAAGUUAGUUAAAAGUCCUUGUUGAUCUUAUUUUUUCUUUCUGUGUUUCUUAAUUAUAAAACUUUUUAUCUAAUGACACUAUAAUUAGUUUUUGAUACGGAGGUUUCAUUCAAUUCUGUGUUAAGAGUUAGUACUAGGAAUCACUAAAGGUAGUCUUUAGUUUUAUCAUCAUUAGUUUUUAAGUUAUUUUUUCAAAAGUUUAGGGUAAUAAAAGGAAAUAUUAAUUGCAAAACAUGGUUUUUCUUUAGUUUAAAUAAAUAUAAAUUAUGAAUUUGGGAUCUUGAAAACUCUGUGAUAAAAAGGUAAAUAUGCUUUAUUUUUAUAAUAUGCAUUUAUACAAUUGAACUUUAAAGGCAAAAAUUGGGAAUUAGUGUAUUCUGCCCUCAGAAGAAAAUCCAACUAUUUGCUCAUUCCUUUAUUGCAGUGCUUGUAAAAAGUUAUUAAGGAAUUUACUUACUUAAUUUGAAGCUAAAAUAUCGUGACAUAUAUUUAAAUCUAGAUUUGUAUUUAUAGUAACAGACUUCAGGCUAUUACCUAAUUAUAGCAAUUAGACUGAAUAUGAGCCAAGGAUAAGAUAAUUAAAAAAACUGAAAGAUGAGACAUCAGAUUAGAAUGUAUAUUAGGUGUCCAGAAAUAGAUUAAAUUAUUUAAAACAAUAGAUCUUAAUACAUCUUUAACAUUAAUAAUUAUAAAUGAUUUAUAUCUGAAAAAUUUACUGCUCAUAAUAUCUAAUGUGAGGCUGAAGUUUAUUAACAGUGUUUGAAUUAUAUGCAUCUUUAGAGGUAUUUGUUUAGUAGUUGGAAUACUUCUUUAAAGAGACUUGUGUUUUUGAUUGUCAUUCAUUUUGCUCAUACGAGCAAUGUUUUAUAUUUUGAAGCAAUUUCUUUGGAAUUAUUUAUAAUUCUCAUUUGAUUGUAAGCCACAAGGUUUACUGCUGGGAACUGAAGUCACUUUAUGAAGUUCCAGUUUCAAGGUACAAGUUGCCUACAAACCACUUUUCAGAUUUGAAGAAUAACAUCAUAAAUGUGUGAAAAAUUGUUAAAAUACCCUCUAUCUUAAGAUGAGGGCCUCCCAAAAUUGUGAUGAGAUGGGCCUCCCACCUCAUAAAUGCAUCCCAACUGUUAACUAACAGAUUGCUGUUAUCAGUCACCUUAAUGUAUAAACCACAUGGGAAAAAUUUGUUAGUGUUCUUUCUUUCAGAAUAUAGCUGAGUUUUACUGGUCAAAAACUUCUCAGUGGCUAAAUCCUCAGAUUUUGUGACUGUUUAAAAUAGCUAAUAAGUGGGAACUUUCAUAGUUGUGGCAUUUAGAAUAUGCUGUUCAAGCAGGUAAUGAUUUAUUUUGUGCAUUUACUUGUUUAAUGCAUCGCAACUUAAUGUUGUGAACAUUCUUAAUUGGACCAUUAUACCCCUUUGUACUGAUUCUGCUCUUACCUUUAACCCAUUUUCUUGAAAAUUAGGAUGAAGAGAAGUGUCACAUGCUCCUUUAAUUUUUUAAGUUUCAUGGAAUGGUAUUUGAAAGAUGGCAUUGUUUGACUUUUUUGACUAAGUUCUUUGGUUACUGCUGUGGAUUAAUUUUUUUACAUUUUUCUUCAUGCUUUCAUUUAUGUAUUAGAGAGAACUGUAAUUUUUUUUAGAUAGUUUCAGGACAAAUUUUAAUGCAAUUUUCUGUUAGCUUACUUUAGAAUUAAGAUUGUUUGUCUUUCUUAAUAAUUUGGAGUAGAUAAGAACUAUCAUCUUAAUGUACAACUAUUAAAGAUAUAAUAGCUGUACCUGCAUUGACAGUGUCCUGAAUGAACAUCUUUAUAUUAUACUUUCAUCAUAACAUAAUAUAUUUGAAAUGGGUGCUGUGUUUUGAUGUUAUGAAAAAAUUUCUUUGGUACCUUAUUUUGUUGUAAAAACUUUUUUAAAACCAACAUUUAUGUUAAAUUAGCAUGUAAGAUAAAAUUCUAUACACUGCAUAUUCUCCCCCUAUUUUUAAGUAGUAAAAUUAGUAGGAAAAGGGGAUAUGUGAGUAAAUAUAGAAUUUAAGCUUAAAAAAUAUCUUUCGUUUUUUCUUUAUAAGAGCAGAACACUUGUGGAGUGGGCACCUUCUUCAAUAAUAGCCUUUUCUUAUUAAAUUUUUCUCUGUAUCACUUCAUAAUAUAAUUCUCAUUGAUGCCUUUAUUAGUCAUUUGAGAGAACAAGAAAUAAGAACUGCAGCAAUAUGCUACUAGGAUCCAGGAAAAUAAAUUCAGGUGAUCUGGUGUAUAUGACUAUCUGGUCAUUUAUUUUUAUGUAUACGAAUAGUAGAUGUCUUAAGGAUAAUCAGAAUAAUCAAACACAUUCUUCUUCCAUAAAGGUUUGAGUAAAGUUAUCACCAAAUGAAACUGUGGUUAUAAAUAUUAGAUUUAAUUAAAAUUUCCAUGAUAAUGUCAAAAUAACAUUUGUAGUCAUAAUUCCUCCCCCCCUCAAAAUGAUGGAUUAUGUUUCCAUAAUAACUUCAGAAUGACAUCUGUAAGCUCAUUAUUUUUUUACAUGCUACAUCCUAAACAUAACAUGAAUACAAUUUUAAACAAGAUAAACUUUUAUCCUAAAAGAAGCAGUUAUACUUUGUAUGGUUUUCUUUGUUGAACAUUAUCUUAAUUAAUGCAUCCUCUGUGCACUGCAUUGAAAAAUCUGUUAUUUAAGAGCAAAGUUUUGAAUUGUAAUUCCUGUUUAAAAAAAUCACCAGUUCUGUAACUAUAGCGUAGUUAUUAUUUGUUGACUGAAGCUGUUUUUAGUUAUGUAGAUAUUUGCUUGUGUUAAAUAGAGAAAGUUACAAUUCCUGAGAAAUAAAAGAUAAAAAUGAUUAUCUAGAGUACUCAGAUAAUUAUUUUACUGAAAUAAAGUAAUUAUUACUAUAAAGAUACUCAGAUAAUUAUUUUUAAUUUACUGAAGAAAGUUACCAUUUUGGAAUAAAUAAAAAUGACAAAAAUUAGGGAAUCAAAAUAUUUUGUUUAUAUUGUAUAAAGAACUUUUGUACUGAGUGUAUUCACGCAUGUUUUCUCGUCUUUUAAGUGUUAAAAUUUUUUGUAAUUAUGCCAUUGUUAUUCAUAUAAUAAACAUGUUUGAUACUUGUUCCUAAUAGUUUAAUUUAAAACAUUAAUAAACUGAAGAAAUAAAUACUUAGUGCAAGUAAGGACAAGUAUUUCUUUUCCCAAUUGUUAUUGCAGGGAAUUAUUUUAAUUAUUUAAGUUUUAAUUUAAAGUAAAUAAAUCUAACUGUAAAGGUUAGAAUGUACAUAAUACAUUGUAAAUGCUCAACUGUAAGGAAAAAGUUUUUCUCUGGCAUUUUCAUUACUCAUUUCUGUUAAAUUCAGAAGAAUUAGCAGUCUUAUAGAAAUUUGUGUGUAUUGAUUUUCACUUGGUUUUUUUUUUUUUUUGUCCUGGUGAAAUAAAAUCCAUGUGAUCAAAGUCUGUUUUGCCUUUUGAUAUGGUCAAGUUGGAUAACUGAUUCCUAUAAUUAUGGUUGUAAUCAGAAUAAUAUAUAACUUCAGCAUAAAAGCAGGGGCUAAAAGUUGUAUUACCUAUUUUAUCAUGUUACUGUUGUUUCUGUAUUGUGGAAUAAUAUCUGAGGUGUUAAUAUUUUGCACCAUUUGAGUGGGUGACUUAUUUAUGUAAAAAUCGGUAUACUGUUGAUGAUGCUUAGUUCAGAGAACCUUAUAUGUUAUUUUUAAUUAUCUAAUUGUUAGAUUUUUGUUAAUGCAGAAAAGUUUUAUGCAUGUAUUAUAUUUUAAUUUGAAAUUAGAAGCUUAGUUUUCUGUUUAUAUUAAUGUUAAGUUGAUUUUGUUUGGCAGUUUAAGAAUGAGUAAUCAUUGAGUUUUAGUUUUGUUAUAUUUUGUUUAAUUUGGAAGGAUAACAUUAAAAAACUGUGGAAUAAA